CAAAAUUGACAGCUGUUUGUCUCUUUAAUUUGCUUGUAAAGUUUUUCCUUUUCAUUUAAUCUAUAAAACAGACGGCAAAAGGUUUAUCAUUACAUUUUUGGUUUAUACUUUAGAUGCAAAAUGAUCUAUAAAUUUUAUAUUGUUGUUUAGUUCGUUUAUACAAUUUCCUUGUGACGCAGAAGGCCAUUUGAACGAAUUCUCGCAGUUCUCGCCGCAUCAAAAUUACAAGAAUGGAUCACUCACAUCAUGAAAUGGGGUCAGAGAGUCACAGUAACCAUGACCACACGUCAUUUCAGCACAUAGACCACAUGAGUUCAGAUCUCAAUCAUUUUAAUGUAAGUGACGACUUGUCUUUGGCCUACCCGAUGGAGACUCAGGGUCACGAAGGCCACGCCGGUCACAACAUGCACGGGGGCCAUGGAGGUCACGGGGUCCACGAGGCACAUGCGGGUCACGAAGGCAUGAUGUCUAUGGUGUUUCACGGCGGCUACAAUGAAACAAUCCUUUUCUCUUGGUGGGAAGUGACGGAUAUUGGAGAAUUCACCGGAUCAUUCCUUGCAAUAUUCAUGAUGGCAUUACUCUAUGAAGGACUUAAAUACUACAGAAAACAUUUGUUGUGGAAAACAUAUUCUGGACUACAAUAUUGUGCGGUGGCACCACCGGACAAGGGGGUCGCCAACGUGUGUGCCACAGACGAACCACAAGUUAUACAGCGGCUCCCUCAUGUUCUUGAAAGGAAUGUACCGACGAUGCUGAGUAAGGCGCACGCGUGGCAGACGUUGCUCCACGGCCUACAAGUGCUCGUCAGCUACAUGCUUAUGUUGGUGUUCAUGACGUACAACGUUUGGUUGUGCGCCGCCGUCGUGCUGGGCUCGGCCGCCGGCUACUUCCUUUUCGGCUGGCGCGAGUCUGUAGUCGUAGACUUCACCGAACAUUGCCACUGAUACAGGCCUACUCUUGUCCCUGGAGCAACCUAGCGGCCGGCUCAAUUCGCGCGGACCCAAACCCAGAUGAGACAAAACUAUUUAUUGUUGCGAUUUUAUGUAAACGCCUCCCGGAUUGUGGCUGAUCAAUCUGCUCGACUUGCAUUCUGUCGCCAAGGAUACAUAGCAGGCAGCCCUAAUCUAGAAGCGUCUAAUCCAAAUUGGGCGGGCUUUAUAAUCGUUAUGUACAAAUGAAUUAGUCCGAGACCCGGAACUUCUGUGAACUGUAAAACAAAGUUUUUAUACUAUAUACAAUUUUUCAGUUCAAAAUAUAUCUAUGUUUAUUGAGGGAGCCACAAAAUAAGUGAUACUGAAUUAAACUUGUUCUAAAGUGCAGUUUGUGUUUGUAAUGUAAAAUAUUUUUAUGUUGUAUGUAGGUGGUUAUGAGUUUGUUAUGGAUGGAAAGUCGAAUGAUAUUAAAAUAAUUGACAUCCAUGAUUAUGGAGAAAUUAAUAAGAAUGGUCAUAUAAAUGAAGAUACUUUUUAUUUGGAGUGGUCUUCCUUUACCCUAUUUAAGGUAGCAUGAUUAGAGUGACAUAUCUUUCGUUUCUUUCGAAUUAAACUGUAUAGGUACUUGUAUUGCAAAAGAGAAUUACCUCUCCUCUCUUUCGCACUAGGCGAUGUAUUAUAUUUCUUGUCCUGUUUUAUUUCGAAUCAUGCUACUUUAAACAGAGUAUACUCACCUUGUUAAAUAUACAAUACGUAAUCAAAUUUCCACCAAUGCAUAUAGAUACUUUAUUUAUAUUUAUGUGCAGUAUUUUAGAAUUUUUAUUUGUUUUGAUAAUGGUGCUCAUUUAGAGCUAAGCACUUGAACCAGACUAGUAUUAUUGUUGUAUGUAACCUCGCUACAUGAGCUCAAAAAUAUCAUGGUGUUAUCUUUUUCUAUUAUUGUGUAUUAAGACAGCCUUUGUAUACAAGUUUUUGAGCAGCUUGUAAUGUUUAGACCAGUUUUACUUUUAGGUUAUUGUAAUUAGGGUUACCAUGAAUGUUAAUAUGGUUAAUAUAUAGUGCUUUGGAACAUG